AUGUCCUUUCUGGGUGUGAGUGGCGAGCCAGACGACUAUGGACGCAAGAGCCAUCGGCUUAGCAUGAGCGGACUCCUUGGCCGGCGGCGGAGCUUAUCGCGCAGCCGCCCUUCGCAGUAUAGCGACCAGGAGAACGAGUUGGAGCCAGCACAGACGACACAAGCGCUCCCAUACGACCCACCCACAGCCAGCGCAAGUGGGGCAGAGAUUCCUCCGAUGAUGCUAGGCCCGGUGGAUGACCAGGGAACCAUGUCCGACUCGGACGACGAGUCGACGUAUUUUGGCAGUGAAGUAGAGGACGUGGACGAGUGGGAGCCCAUUGUGUUUGACGAUGCUACGAUGAAGAAUACAGACCGUAACACCCACCUUCUGGACGAUACGGAGAAUCUGUUGGCAUUGAACAAUUACGAGGACGAAGAUCUUUUGGAUCCGUCAGCGGACGAGUUCCAGACAGCGCCGAACAUUGUAUUUUCACGAAACGAGAUCGAGAAGCGAGAGCACAGUAUGCUUCUCAAUGCCGAGGGUCUGCCCAUGUCCCCACCAGGGCGUCCUCCUGUGGUGUAUACAGGUCCGAUGUUUGGGCGAAAUCACUGCACCAUCACAAUGGAGUAUGGCGAUUAUGCGGGCUGCCUCGCUUCGUCGAAACGUCCGAAGCGCUAUAUCAUUGCAAGUGAUGGCAGUGAAGGUUCGCAGUAUGCAGUGAACUGGGCGAUGGGGACUGUGCUUCGAGACGGUGAUGAGACGCUGAUCGUGGCUGUCAUGGAGACCGAUACCAAGUUGGACCAUGUCAAUGAGCGGCUGGAAGAUCCUGUGCGUCUGGCCGUGCACCAGAAAAUUCGCCGCGAUAUGGCAGUGACACUGUGUCAUCAGGCGUUUAUGCUUCUGCAGCGCACACAACUGGGCGUCAAGGUAUCGUGCCAGGCCAUCCAUGCGAACAAUGCGCGACAUAUGCUCCUGGAUGUGAUGGACUUUUACUCACCGACCAUGGUCAUCAGCGGCAGCCGCGGCAUCGAUAAGAUCCGCGGCGUGCUGGGCAGUAUGAGUCACUACCUUGUGCAAAAGUGCUCGGUGCCCGUCAUGGUCUGCCAUAACAAGCUGCAACUACCGCGCCUUCCUCGUGGUAAGGCGGAUGUGGUGAACAAUGUGCGACUUCGCCACAUGCGUCUGGACCAGGCUGUGGUCGAGAAAUACAACCGCCGUGAAGAUGCGGACGAGGACGAAGAAAACCCACAACCUGAAGCGGAGGCGCAGCGAGCCGAGCGUCUCGUGCGUGAUUCAGAACGUAUGAACCGCUUGAACCGCGUGAGUUUGGAGCGUCGAAACUCAGGUGCUCACCCCGUGGUAUCCUCGCCGGAGCACGGCCCCGAUACGACAUUGGUCCCGCAGCCGGCCCUGACAGAUCUUAGCCAGCUGAGGCUCGUGGAUGUACGCCGCCCAUCGCUGGAACCAUAA